AUGGAAGCCCGAACGGAUCACCAACAACCGUCCGGCGAUCCUUCGCCGGGGCAACCUCGCUGGGUGUUGCUCCAGGGCAACAUGAUCUGCGAGGAUCCCGCCGCCAGAGCAACAACUCCCAUCGCCAGCGACGAUCUCGACGCCGAGACCGUGGCGGAUGCUCUGACCUCCGGAGGCCGUAACGUCCGCGUCUCUCUCCACCUCACGGCGCCACCGGCGGUGUCACGCCUGCGCGUCGACAUCCCCGGCCUGCCGGAGGGCACCCAGCUCCUCGCGCAGAUCAUCGCGGCCCACGCGGACUCGGUCCUUAUAGAGAUCGAGACCAGCAGACCCGGCAGGUUUGAUACUCACAAACGCGACUCGUUGGACUACUUCGUCUAUAAUGCCGGCGACGCCGCCGCCGACCCUUCCCGCCCGCCGUCGCUGUCGCUGCUGCCCCCUUACCACAAGGGGUCACCCAGGUGGAAGCGACUUAUGCCUGUAGAAACCAAUGCCCUCCUGCGCCGCGGCGACGAGGACCUGCUCGUGGCGCGGCUGACCCUCGAUGGCACGGAAGGAGAGGCGCCGCUCGAGGCCGAGCUCUGCCUGCUCAGAUCCGGCGAGUGGGAGUGGGAGCCCAAGCAUCUUCCGGUCCUCCACGGCGACGGCAAGCGGAAGGAGGUGUCCUUCUGGGAGACCGAUGCGGUCAUCCCCGUCGGCGACCGGUUCUUGUACUGGGUGGACUACUACCGCGGCAUCAUCUUCUCGGACGCGUGGGAGGAGACGCCCCAGCUGCGAUACGUGUCUCUUCCCGUGGAGCCCUUGGAACGCCGACCGCGCGACCACGACAGCGGCUCGAGCUACCGCGGCGUGUCCGCAACGAACGGCGGUGGAGCAGUGAGUUUCGUGGAAGUCUUUCUCCGCUGCUGCUGCGGCUGCCCGGGCGCCACCUUCUGCUCGCGCUCCCGCUACGCCUUCAACAUAACCACGUGGACGCUGAGGAUGGAUGACGACAUGGUGAGGUGGGACAAGGUCAGCGUGGUCGACUCCGACGAGCUCUGGUCGCUCCCCGGCUACAGCGGCGUCGUGCCACGCAUCACACCAGAGUACCCCAUUGUCAUCCUGGACGACCCCGAUAUCCUCUGUUUCAUGGUGCGCAAGCUCCCAUACCAUAUGGAGGACGUUGACGGCGACCAUGCGAUACGGAUGAUCGAGGUGGACACGAAUCGCAUGGAGCUGCGGUCCAUCGUCUGUUACGAUGAGCACGACAACGAUUUUUGCUCUCCUCCGGAGUUCAUUCCCUGCGUGAUCUCCCGGUACUUCGACGCCUCCUCUCGCAGCUGGGGUCCUCCGGCAAAGCUCCAUGACCAUGAGCAAGCACCGACGACGGUGGCAGCAACAGUUAAACUCGAUUCAUCAGAUAACAAGGCAGCCAUGGCUUCUCCUGGAGAGAUGUUGGCGACACUCCGGGAGAUAGGUGACCUGGAGCGUGAUGACAUGCUGAGAACGUAUAGCGUUCUUGUGUGUGAUGGGAGCCAGUUCAAGUUCAGGUCACUUUUGGCGCUUCCCAACGACAUGAGGAAGGAUUACUGCCUGCUGCUCAUGCAAAAUCGUCUAUAA